AAAGACAAGAUUUAUUCAUUCUCGCAAGUUGAUGCUUUCCUAUCCGCCUCAACCCGAAACUGCUCCUUCCACAUUGAAUGUGUGAAGGGUUAUUACUGAGAAAAGAAAAGCUAAAAUCCAAAAGCCAAAAACGAAGAAACUAACUUGCCUCACAUACUAUUAAAUUUCCUUCAAUUCAGCGUAACCUGCAUAUGCCUAUACUUUCUGCAACAUGCUACAUGGGUAAUGAGGAUACCUAAUAGCCAUACGCCUUCUUUCUAUACAACCUUCUAAAAAUGUUAGAGCAACAUGACAUCUAAACAAAGAUAUCAAACUCCAUCGAGAGCUUCGUCAUCAGCACAGUCCACUCACACUCAUCGCUUCACCCAGUCUAGCUCAUUAUUUGCUCGAUCAGCAACGGAUAGCCAUGUCUUCUCUACUCCUAAUCAAAGACGUGCUACCCCUAAUUAUCCCGAUUUAUCAAGUAGGGGCCAGCCAAGAAGCUCAAGCCGUACAAGCACGGCAAACAUCAUAUCCCCCUAUCAAUCAUCUCCUCAGCUCCCACCUCAUCCGCAAAGACAAAGAUUAUCCCUACGUCCCCCAUCCAGUCGGCUAUCCUCGAAUAAUUCGGUUCCUCUCCAGGGGAACAAUGAUAAUUCAACCCUUGAGGAUGCGCUGUCCAGUGAAGAUGCAGACGCAUUGGGAGAAGUUAUCAUGGCGAUUGACAUGAAAGACAAUGGCAAUCUUGGCUGUGCUUAUUACAUUGCCAUAGAUGAGACUAUGUUUCUCCUUGAAGACGUAGCCAUGUCGGGUAUUGAUCUUGUCGAGACACUUCUUCUUCACGUCAACCCUACUACCAUUCUCAUAUCUGCCAGGGCAUCCGAGGCGUUAGCAAGCUACCUUUCCAAGAGAGUUCAAGGCGUUGAUGGGAACCGGGGUGAUUCACGAAGUGCCUUUAUCUUGAGGAAUCUCAACUCUACCGACUUUCGUUACGACGUCGGCAAGACGAAGUUGUUAGCGCUUAACCUCGAAGCUCUCGGCCAUCAGAGCGUACUCUAUACGUCUAUUGUUGACGAAGUUGUCGAUGAUGCUGAUGGUUUCGGUGAAGAAAACUCAAAGCAGGCUCGUCUAAUGCGUCUCGGGACUUCAAUCAACCUUGAUAGUCGGCUAACGAUUGGUUGUGCUGGAGCGCUGCUUGGUGACCUUCAACGGAGGAGAACCGCCCAUUACUUACCAAAUGACCCCGAUUCUUUAGUUGCAUUCAGAAUCAAAUCUAUCGAGAUGUUCACUCUGUUUGACUCGAUGUUCGUCAAUGCCGACACUUUAGUGUCUCUUCAAAUUUUACAGUCAGAGCACCACCCGAACAGUCACCAAAGAGGUCCCAGUACUUCUGGUUCGAAGGAAAGUCUUUCUGUUUACGGACUAUUCCAACACCUAGCACGUACUCCCCAGGGGAAAUUGAAGCUCCGCCAAAUCUUCCUACGACCAAGCACUGAUAUCAAUGUAAUCCAUACACGUCAAAAGACGAUAUCAUUCUUGCUACGACCAGGGAAUGCCGAGACUCUUAUACAGCUAAGCAACGAGCUCAAGAAAAUUAAGAACAUGAAAUCAGUUGUAGCUCUGCUGGAAAAAGGCGUUGAUAUUCCUGGUCGUAAGAUAUCCAUAGCUAAUAAUGUCUGGGCUUCUCUACAACGUUUCGCUGCAUACAGCUUGCGACUUAGAGAUUCACUUCGGACAUUACCAGGAUCAGAAAAGGUCGAGAUCGUUAGAAAGGUUAUAGAUGUUAUUCAACCACUUGUCCUCUGUCAAGUAGGCGAGUUUAUUAGCCAGACCAUCGACUUCGAGCAGUCCAUGGAACGCGGAAGAACUGCCGUCAGGCUUGGAGUUGAUGCUAAUCUAGAUGAAAUGAAGCGAAGCUACGAUGGAAUGGAGCACUUCCUGACUAAUGUCAUAGCAAAGCUACGGGACGAGUUACCGGAAUGGGCUAGAAGAUACGUGCAAAAUUGCAUUUUCUUCCCACAAUUAGGAUUUUUGACAGUAGUUUCAGUCAACCCAGAAACGGGGAAAGGCAACUAUGAUGGUGAGGGUUUAAAUGAUGUAUGGGAACGUAUGUUCACGGCGGAGGGUUGUGUAUAUUAUAAGAAUCGGCAAAUGAAGGAAAUGGACGAACAUUUCGGAGACGCAUAUUGUAUGAUCAUAGACCGAGAGAUCGAGAUAAUCCAUGAGCUCGCAAUCAAAGUCCUAGCACAGAAGGAGGUCAUAAUUGCAGCGUCGGACGUGCUCGGCGAACUUGAUAGCCUCUUUGCAUUGGCAAUUGGCUGCGGACAAUAUAAUUGGGUUGCGCCUAAAAUGACAGCCCAGAAUAUCAUACAUAUCCGAGGGGGUCGUCAUCCUUUGCAGGAAUUGGUAGUGCCGUCGUUUAUUGCAAACGAUUGCUGUAUCUCCGGUGGACCUGGGCCUGAAGAAGAUGAGGAUGAUGGUGCCGCGAAUGAAAAUUCAUCAGAAGUCGAGCGAAACUCGAUAGAACACCCGAGCACGCUCGUGUUGACGGGACCCAACCACUCUGGCAAGAGUGUAUAUCUCAAGCAAGUCGCCCUUAUUGUGUAUCUGGCUCAUAUCGGUUGCUUUGUACCUGCUGAGCGAGCGCAGAUUGGAAUAACUGAUUGUAUACUAACACGUAUUGCUACACGUGAGAGCGUAGCAAGGAACGAAAGCGCAUUUUCCAUUGACUUACGCCAGGUCGCUUUUGCGAUGAACUUUGCAACUCGCAGAAGCCUUGUGCUAAUAGACGAGUUUGGCAAAGGCACCAACAGUCUAGAUGGCGCUGGAUUAGUCACAGCGGUAUUGGAUCAUUUCACAUCUCUCGGACCUGAGAGACCAAAGGUUUUAGCAGCCACGCAUUUCCACGAAAUAUUUGAGGGCCAAUUUCUAGUAGACACCCCAGAACUAUCCUUCGGGCAUAUGGAUGUUCGAUUGGAUUUCGAUGCUCCAAUCAUGGAAGAUCAAGUAACAUAUCUUUUCCAAUUGAAGUCGGGCCGAAGUAUCGCGAGCUUCGGUAGUCGUUGCGCGGCGAUGAAUGGUAUUGGUGAGGCAGUAGUUGAGAGAGCCGAAUCUAUUAUGCUCUUGCUUGCCAGAAACGAAGACCUCGAAGUCGCCUGCUCGAAGCUCUCGGAUUCGGAGACGCAGAAGCUUGAAGAAGCUGAAGUUGUUGCGCGUAAUUUCCUCGGACAAGAUAUAAGAACGCCGCCUAGCAAUGGAAUAAAUGUUCAGGGCACCCAGUAUCGGCAGAUUCUUGAUCAAAUCUCCUCAUUCGACGACUCCACAGCAAAAUAUUAG